ACACAUACACACACACCUCCUUCUCUCGUCUCACACACUCCUCAAAGCAUCUAACAUACUGGAAAAUCAAAGCGCUCGCUGCUCCUGCUCACACACUGCCUGCGCUUAGCGCAAAGCGCACAACCCAAUAGAGUUUCCCUGUUUUCUGCGAAUUUCCACUCUGUUGUAAAUCGACACAUGCACUUUUUAGAUUAUUUUUAUUCCACUUUGGAUAACAAUGCAAGCGUGUAUUGUGUACCUAAAUACUUUCCCAAAAACUGUUUGAAUCUUUCACAACUGAACAUGAGAAUUCUCUGUGAAAGCAGAUGAAAAUAGCAGAUUUUUAGGAAGAUGGACCGGAGGCUUCCGAGGAGGCGAUGGACGUUGGCAGGGCAGAUUGUGUGUCUGCUCCUGUGUGCGUGCGCACUGGACCGGGUUUCGGCGCAGAUUCGCUAUUCAGUUCCCGAGGAGUUGGAGCACGGGGCUUUCGUUGGAAAUAUCGCAGAGGACUUGGGCUUGGACGUAGCCAAAUUGUCUUCACGGAGAUUCCGGAUUGUAUCCGGGGCUAGAAAACAAUAUUUAGAAGUGAAUUUGGAGAACGGAAUUAUGUUUGUGAAAGAGAAUAUCGACCGCGAAGAGCUGUGUGAACAAAGUCCCAUUUGUUUCUUACACUUGCAGGUGGUCAUUGAGAACCCCUUGGAACUGUACCGGGUAGAAGUGGAGAUCUUGGACGUGAAUGAUAACGCUCCCAGUUUCCCGUGGAGCGAGUUUAAUCUGGAGAUCACGGAGUCUGCUGCGCCGGGCUCCCGGUUCCCGCUGGAGAGCGCGCAGGAUCUGGAUGUGGGCUCGAACUCUCUCCGCUCGUACUUACUGAGCGCCAAUACACACUUCGUGCUAGACAUUCAGACGCGUAACGACGGCAGCAAGUUUGCAGAACUCGUUCUGCAAUCGCCGCUGGACCGAGAGCAGCAGAAGACGCACGAGAUGGUGCUCACGGCCGUGGACGGUGGCUCCCCGUUGCGCUCGGGCACGGCACAGAUCACGGUAACUGUGCUGGACGCGAAUGACAACGUGCCGGUGUUCGACCGCUCCGUGUACCGGGUCAGCCUGGUCGAAAACGCGCCUAGAGGCACGCUUGUCCUCAAAAUGAACGCCACGGACCUGGAUGAAGGCGCAAACGGCGAGAUCACCUAUUCGUUCAGCGGACAUGCGCCUCUGAAGGUGCGCGAGCUUUUCAGCAUGGAUUCUCACUCGGGUGAGAUCCGGGUGAAGGGAAUCGUGGACUACGAGAAGGCCAGCGUGUACGAGCUCUACGUGCAGGCGAAAGACAAGGGUCCCUCUGCCAUGGCCGUGCAUUGUAAAGUGCUGGUCGAUAUUCUAGACUUGAACGACAAUGCGCCCGAGGUCAUAUUAACCUCUGUGUCAACACCUGUUCAGGAGGACGCGCCACCGGGCACGGUGAUAGCUGUGAUUAGUGUAAUGGACCGGGACUCCGGAGAGAACGGAGCUGUGGAUUGCCAGAUCCCCGGAAAUGUCCCGUUCCAGUUGCACUCCUCCUUUAAAAACUAUUACACACUAGUGACCAGCGAGUCUCUCGACAGAGAGUCUGUCUCGGAGUACAACAUCACCCUCACGGCGCGAGAUCUUGGCUCGCCUCCGCUGUCCACCAGGAAGACGAUUCUGGUUCAAGUGUCUGACAUUAACGACAACCCGCCGCGCUUCAUUCAGCCCUCAUACACUCUAUAUGUGACCGAGAAUAACGCCCCGGGGGCUUCCAUUUGCUCGGUGACCGCAUUCGAUGCGGACUCUAAUCAGAACGCUUAUUUGUCCUACUCCAUCCUGGAGGGUCAGAUCCAGGGCAUGCCGGUGUCCACUUACGUCUCAAUCAAUUCUGAUAACGGCAACAUCUACGCGCUGCGGUCUUUUGAUUACGAGCAGCUCCGGAACUUUCAGAUCCGCGUCCAGGCGCUGGACGCCGGUUUCCCGCCGCUCAGCAGCAACGUGACCGUCAGUGUGUUCGUUUUGGAUCAGAAUGACAACGCGCCGGUCAUCCUGUCCCCACUGUCCAAAAACGGCACUGUUGCUAAUGAAAUCGUGCCCAGGUUGGUUGACGCUGGGUACCUUGUGGCUAAAAUCACGGCGCUUGACGCGGAUGCUGGGCAAAACUCUCGCCUGUCAUAUCAGAUGCUGCAGGCGACGGAUCCCGGGCUGUUCAGCGUGGCUUUAUACACCGGGGAGAUCAGAACAGUCCGCCGCUUUGUAGACAAAGAUGCCAUCAGGCAAAGACUUGUCAUACUUGUCAAGGACAACGGGCAUCCGCCGCUCUCGGCCACCGUGUCCAUAAUUCUGUCGGUGGUGGACAGCGUGCCGGAGUCGCUCUCCGACUUCGGUGACCUCUCGUUCAGCCCCCAGCCCCCGUCUAACCUCGCGCUAUAUUUAAUCGUGUCACUAAGCACCAUCUCGCUCAUCUUCCUCGUGGCCAUCAUCGUCCUGGCGGCCGUGAAGUGCUACAAAGACCGUGACUCCCUCGGCGGUUACGCGCUCUCCUCGCUCAGUACCGCCUGCUGCAGCUUUGAACCGGAGCCGCCCGCCGAGGUGUUCAAAAAGUCUAAUCUCAACCUGCAGAUCUCCAAAGUGCCCACGAACUGCGUGGAGGUAAACAGCAAUCCUGGAAACCUCUCUCAGACCUACUGCUACAAAGUGUGUUUGACGCCCGAAUCUGCAAAGAGCGACGUUAUGUUUCUCAAGCCUUGUAGUUCCGGCACACCGAGAAAUAACGCACCGAGAGGAGCGGAUAACCUGGCGCUGAGCUCACAGAGCCGCUGCUCGUCCGUGAACAACGGAGUGACUACACCGAAUGAGUUGAAACAAGCAAACACUGACUGGGCCCUAAACAAAAAUCAAACCUCCUCUCUGAAAAGUUGUAACUCUAUAAACAUGGAUGGCACACUGAUGAGAAAGGCAAUGCAGGCUGAACCAGAGAAUUAUAUGGGUCAAAUGGCUGCUGGACAAUACUGGACCUGGGGAACCCGCUCAAGAGAGUAUCGGAUGCACUCUCCAGCAGGUAGUGUUUCUCAGAGGGCCUGGACUCCUCACUACACACCCCAACACAAACCCACACACCAACCACAGCAGCAGCAGCCCACGGCACAGGUCCGCCCGGACCCUCCGCUCGACUACCAGCACAACGUCUACAUCCCUGGCACACCGUCUGGCUUCUGCACCCUGCAGCCUAGAUACCGCAGUGAGCUUGACGUUCACAACUCUUUCUCCACCUUCGGAAAGAAACGUAGGUUCAUCUCGCCCAGCAGCUAUGACCCGUGUGAUGACAUGGGGACAGAGGUCAUCAACAAUGACUUAUAUAAUGAAUAAAAUAAGACAAAAGGACCUAUGCUGUGAUGAUGAACAAAAAAAAGUGACUUAUUACCAAAGCAUUAUUAUGUAGUCUCAGCCUCAGAUGGACCGACAUAGUCCAUUCAUUGACCAUCUGAUGCAUAUUGCACAUGCAAUGCAACUUCCGUUAAUUUAUGGAAGAAAAUUGUUUUCAAAUAAUACUAGAUAUUAUUUAUUAUGAUAUUAUUUUCAAUGGUUUUGCCAUAGUUUGCCUGGAUUGUGCUUCGAAUUUUUGAAAGUUAUACAGGAGUGGAACUGUAUAUCCCACUUUGUAUUCUGUCUGUGAACUUGUUUACCAGGACAGAAAUUGUUCUCACAAAGCCUAAAAACUAACCUCCCCCAAUUUCCUGCAACCAUUUUGCAGAGAUUUUUAGAGUGCAACAGUGCCAUUUUCUCAGUGGACUUGUUUCCAGAAAUGUUUUUCCCAUUCACUUUUUUUCCAUAAGGAUUAAAAAUAAAGAGUCUUCACUAAAAUGUUUUAAGCCAUAAACCAACCAAGCAGUUAUGAAUUUUAUCACAGCCUUACCGACUUUGAUUUUGAAGCCAAAAUGUAUUUGAAGAUUGAACAAAAAGUCAAAGUAACUUGAUUGAACUUAAUAACUUUAAUGAGAAUAUAUAGGGCAAUAAGCUCAUAAACUGUUUGGAAUAAAAAUCUAAUUAAAAAUGAUGGAGAAACUAUUGAUUUAAAGAUGUUUAAUUUAUAUUUAAAGAUUUGGUAACACUUUCUAUGAAGCCCGUAUUUAUAAUACAUUAUGAGGGUAUUCUUUAGGCAUUAUAAUGAAUGCAUAAUGUUUUAUAAAAACCUCAUAAUAUGUUGUAUCAUCUCAUGGAUAUUCAUAAGAACAGUUUUAAUAUAUUAUAAUAUUAACUUAUUUGUGGUUAUAGCUUUUAAUGAUUUAUAACACAAUGAACAUGUUGCAUCAACUUUUACAAUGGUAAUACUUUUCAUAGUUAUAAUGUAUUAUAAGUCUCAUAUCUUGCCAUUUUUCUGAUGCUACUUUACUUAAAGUGAUCAAAGUCCACAUAUAAGUAGUAUUAAUAAUAUUAAUAAUAAAAAAAAAACUCAAACAGCCAUACAAUCAGAUAUCAGAUCAGAUGAAUAUGUAAAAUGACACAUUUGCUUUUGAUUAUUUGUAUUUGUAUUGAUGGUAUCAGUUAGAAAGCUGUUGAUAAGUAACUCUGUAACUACAUGUCAACUAGUAGUCACUGGAGUAUUAGUAUAUCUGAUACUGUAAAUAUAUGAUAACACUUUAUUUUGGUGGUCAACCAACAGAUAAACUGACUAUAAGUGUCUUUGCAAGUAUGUCAGUUUAUUAUACCAUACUAGAUUCGACCAUUAUUAAGCAUAUUAAUACUCCAAUGAGAGUUAGUUGGCAUGUAGUGGCACAGUUGUUUAUAGUUGAUUGAUUAAGGGGACCAUCAAAAUAAAAUGUAACCAUAUAAAACAUUGUUUUUUUUUUUUUUGUUGGAGUAUGAAACUCACAUCAGUUAAUUAACAUUUGCUCCACAGGAAACACUCAAAUACAUCUAACCACUCACAAGUUGUAGUAAGAUACUGUGCAGAUCCUAAAUAAACAAUGUCAAGAUAUGGUACAGUCCAUUAUACUGUAAAUGAAGUAGAUUUAAUAUAGUGUUAAUUGUGUUAUAAAUAAUCAUACUCUUAAACUUAUAACCAGAAAUAUAUAAGUAUUAUGAUGUAUUAUAAUUGUUGUUAUGAUUAUUCAUGAG